AUGGAAAAGCUUGAAGAACCAUUUAGUGUGCAGCUUCUACCAGAGCCUAAAAAUUGGAAAGGAGUUUUAAGGCACAAGUUCAAGCAUCAGUUUACCCAAGCUGCAAAGGAGGAAUUUAAAGCUCUGAAGAGAAAAGGUACAUUUAAUAAGCUUGCGACGUUCAAAGCACGUAUUUGUGUACGUGGUGAUCUGCAACAACCAAAUGACCUUGAAAAACAAGCAGCUACACUUGCAGCACGAAACUUCAGAAUGAUGAUGGCUAUUGCAGCUAUCUUCGAUCUUGAGAUCAUUCAAUAUGUAGGAAUAGCAUAUUCCUGA